CAUUCAUAUUCAAGAAAACUUUGAUCCCAGCUUUGGUACCUGUUCUCCGUGAUAAACUGUCAAACUUAUUCCCUUCUCUCGGAUCUACACCAUGUCACGAACCCAGAAAUUCGCACUUGUCACCGGAUGCGGCCAGGGUGGAAUUGGCGAAGCGCUGGUGACCGAGUAUGCUCGCCGCGGCAUUCAUCCCAUUGCCACCGUUCUGCCCAGCGAGUCGAGCCAGCAUCUGUCCGCGAAUGGCAUCACCUUCUUCCCCCUCGAUGUGACAGUCGAGGAGUCAGUGGUGGAGCUCAAAGCCCGCAUUCAGGAGCUCACGGGCGGAUACCUCGACAUCCUGGUGAAUUGCGCGGGGAUUGCGUAUACGAUGACGGCGAUUGACACAGACGUGGGUGCCGUACAACGCAUGUUCGAUGUGAACCUCUUUGGCCCGAUGCGCAUGGUGCACCACUUUCACGACCUCAUUAUACCAGCAAAGGGCACGAUCGUCAACAUUGGCUCCAUUGGUGGCGUUGUUCCGUACUUGUAUGGAGCAUCGUACAAUGCCACUAAAGCUGGUCUUCAUCACUGGUCCAAUACACUGCGUGUCGAAAUGGCCCCCUUCGACGUCCGAGUCAUCACAGUUAUUUCCGGUGAGGUAUAUACCAACAUCCUGAAAAACGACGCCCAUCGCCAACUCCCCGAAGGCUCCUACUACAGUCCCCUGGCGGAAGAAUUCCGCCAGCACGUCACCAGGACCCCGUCCGGGGCGACGGAUCGGUUCCAGUAUGCCUCCAAGGUGGUUGGGGAGAGUCUACGCUCCAAUCCGUCCGCCUGGUUCUGGACGGGCAGUUCGACCGGGUUAAUCCGUUGUUUGGAUACUUUCGCCUGGCGAACGAUUUGGGAUUGGAUGUUUUGGCGGAUGUUUAACCUGGGAAAGUUGCAUCGAUCUCACGCCGCGCUGGACAAGAAGCAGGUUUAGUUCUAGCGUAGCCUUGGCUUUCCAUGUCGAGUGAUGGAAUUACAGUAUGGAGGGGUACCAGCUCACCUCAAAAGGAGGUCAGGAUUAGUGCGAGGGGGGUAGAAUGUCUGACUUCCUGGAAUAGUAACAGCUUCUCUAAACCCCUUAGGGCUUUUC